CUAGCCGUUCAACUAAGUCGGUUAUUCACUAUAAAAGCACGUCGAGAUCUCGAUCUAUCCCCUUUUGCGCUGUCCUUAAAAAUUAGGGUUGCAGUCUCAAGUUCAGAAUUUUGAAUUGCAAGCUGUAAAAUGCCUCGCUACGAGGAUAGGUAUGGGAGCAGUACUCGCCUCUAUGUUGGUCACUUGUCCUCUCGGACCCGAUCCCGGGAUCUUGAGCACGUUUUUAGUAGAUAUGGCAGAGUACGCGAUGUGGAUAUGAAGCGAGACUACGCCUUUGUUGGGAAUUUUUCUUCUUGCCUUGAUCAGGAAUUCAGUGAUCCACGGGAUGCUGAUGAUGCUAGAUAUAAUUUGGACGGGCGUGAUGUGGAUGGACGACGCAUAACUGUGGAAUUUGCUAAGGGUGUUCCACGUGGGCCUGGAGGGGUUCGGGAGUAUGUGGGCCGAGGUCCUGCUCCAGGUUCUGGCCGAUGCUUCAAUUGUGGCAUUGAUGGUCAUUGGGCUCGUGAUUGCAAAGCUGGAGACUGGAAGAAUAAGUGUUACCGCUGUGGGGAAAGAGGUCACAUUGAGAGGAACUGCCAAAACAGUCCUAAGAAGCUCAGUAGUGGACGUGGGCGCAGUUACUCAAGAUCUCCUGUGAGGUCACGUUCUCCUCGCCGUAGUGGCCGCAGUAGGAGUAGAAGUUUCAGCAGAAGCCGCAGUUACAGCCGGUCAAGGUCCCCUGCUGCCAGGAGAGGACGUGAUGCUGAUUAUAAAGAAAGGAGAUCAAGGAGCCCGAUUGAUGAAAGCCCAGAUCUUAAGAGGGCUGCGACUCCUACUAAAUCAAGGAAGCUCAGUCCUACACCUGACAGGGAUGUUCCAAGAGAGCAAAGUGCUUCCCCUAGUAGAGUCAGGGUGGAGACUGAGCAAGAUGGGUACAAUAGUGAUAGCCCAAAGGAGACUAGCCGUAGUCCCGUGAGUCCUGCAGCUAGGAGAUAUGAAGAGAGUCCUUAUGAGGAAAAUGGCCGCAAUCGCAGCCCUAGUCCUAGAGAGGACAGAAGCCCUGUUGAGGAUGAUGAUCCAGUACGCUCUCCCCGGGGUAGCGCCUCUCCUUGAAUCUAUUUAUAAUGUGGACACUAACUUGGGAUUUAUGUAGUCUCUGCUCUACACCUGUGUUGUCAUUUUGUGAGGUACUAAAACUAGUGUUAUGUUGAGCUGUGGAUUGGAGAACUUCCAAGUUUAUCUUUCAGACUACAAACUUUUAUGUGUCGGUAAUUUAUCUUGUCAAGUUUUUAGAGCAAAUGGUUAUGAAUUGUCGGUGAAGUAUUAGUUGUGUGAAAUCGUGCGCGUGUUUUUUGACUACAUUGUCAUAUUUUCUUUUUACCGAAUGCACCAUCUGUGUAGAACAUUGACAGUCACCUGUGAUUUUGUUAUUAAUUGAAUAGUUUUAUUUUGAGUUUA